CCUCUGCCGGGGAGGGAACCCCUGUGCCCCCCUGUGUGGCCCUGCAGGAGGAUCAUCCUGAAGCAGCAGGAGUGGGAAAGCUGGUGUCUGGAGGACAUGGCGCUGGCCACGGAGCAGGACCACGCCAGGACCGACCACGAGGCCACGCUGGGCUUCCAGAGCGCCCGGGACGACAUCAAAAGCAAGAGCUGGCAGGAGCAGCAGUACAGCCGCCUGCAGCUGGUGGGGAGGCUGGAGGGGCUGUGGAAGCAGAUCCAGAAGGCCCGGCAGAGCUACAACGAGGCCACGGAGCACAAGAUGGCCGAGUUCAAGGAGCUGCUGAGGAAGUGCGAGAAGAGCUCCCGGGAGAUCGAGGAGCAGUCGCAGAAGCUGCAGAAGCUCCAGGACACGGUGGCGGCCACCAGGGCCCAGAUCGCGGCUCACGCCCGGGAGAGCGAGGAGCAGAUCCAGCGGGCCCGGGAGGGGAAGGAAGAGGCCCUGAGGCAGCUCCAGGAGCUCCGCAAGGAGGUGACCCGGGCGGUGGCCGCGGCUCGUGCCGACCUGGCCACGCUCAGCUGCCAGAGCGGGGCCGCCCUCAAGGCGCUGCUGCGGGUGGUGGAGAAGGCCCAGCGCAUCCUGCGCCUGGCCGAGAUGUGCCGCAGGCUGGAGACGGAGGAGGAGAAGGUGCUGCCCUUCUACCCCUCCUCGCUGGCCGAGGGGGAGCUGCAGGACGCCCGCAGAGUCCUGGAGGAGGCCCCCGUGGAGCCCCUGGCACAGGCCGCGCAGGACUACGUGGGGCUGGAGCGGUUCUGGCAGCGGUUCAACAAGGCCAAGCUGGAGGAGAAGGUGCUGGAGCGGACACGGGCGGCCCUGGCAAACAGGAACCGGCACCUGCGGGAGCUGCUCCAGCAGUACCUGGCGGGGGUCUCGGUCAGCCGGAAGGUGCUCAAAGACCUCGACCCCCUCCUCGCCACCAAGCAAGAGCCACGUCCCCAGAAAUGAGCCCCGAGCUGGGGCGGGGCCACGCUCGGGGACAUCA